AAGACGCGAGGCUGGCGAGGCGGCAGCAUUAUAGAGCCGUGCGAGAGUAUUGUACAGGCGGAAAAAAUCUCGAGUGAUUGUAAGAUGUCUGUAAGGUAAGAUUCCUGAGAUUCCAAUGACGUAAUGUGAAUAGGCUUUGUUUUGCAACGGACCAAUGGUAGCGCGCAAAGAUCGUGACGUCAAGUCCACAUGGUGCUUAUCGUGGACGCUUAGCAGCUUUGUCAUUUAUCGAGCGGAGGAGCGAGCAAGUUUGAGUUAUCUCUGAGGCGUGCAAUCAAAGGGCAAUUGUUGGUGCUGUUGAUGUUGUGCGAGAGCCUAUAUGGUCACUGAUCAGAGGUCGUUGCCCAUCAUUUUCUUCAAUGACUGCAAAUGCUGUUUUUAGUGACAUAUUUACCAUGCAAGCAUUUGGGGAUUUAACCAGUGAUUUGAAAUCAUUAUUUCUUAUUCAACAAUGUAAUCAGACUUGCUGCACCCUGUGUAACAAUCAAAUAUUGAAAACUACUAGCACUAUUGUCUUGUAUAUUACUUGUCCAAAUAUUCUGCCCACUGAAUUUGAAAACUGUGUUUCAGAAGCUGCUUUGCCUAAUAGCAGCCCACUUUUUUGUGAUGCAUGUCAAAGGCAUUCUGGUGAUAUUUCAGGUUUGCAACAUUUUGUUACCAUGCCAAAAUUUUUACACAUUGAAUUAUCAUCAAUUUCUUUUGGUCAAACUGUUCUACCAGCAAGUAUGGAACUCUUAGGUACAUUUUACUUAUUAAAAGCUGUUGUGCGGUGUGCAAGCCACCAUUUCACUAUUGCUAUAAACAAUGGUCGUUAUUGGUUUUAUUAUGAUGAUCUCUGUAGUGCAGUUCAGCAAUAUGCUACAUUUCAAGAUAUUUUGAAUGUUUACGCCAAUGGAUGGUAUUUUGCUGUUUAUGAAAGCUCUGUUGAUAACAUUAUUAAUAUACAUCAAGGCAUUGAUUCCUGUACAUUAAUGCCAGACCAUUCUUAUUCAAAAUUAGAGGAUAAAGAACGCCAAGCCUGUGAUGAUUUUGGGAAAGAAGUUUGCACACCCAGAAAACGACAAAGACCAGAAACAAAUACUGACAAAUUGAUAGAUAGAAAAAGAAAGCUGAACUUAAAUGUAGUAAAUCCACAUUUGAAGAAUUACAAAAUUGCUAAAAAAGCCAAAGAGACAGAGAGUGAAAAACUUUCUAGACAAAAAAAGCAAAAAGAAUAUAUGAGGGCAUACAGAAGGAAAAUAAAGGAUUAUGAGACAGGGGAGGAGAAGCAAGCACGAUUGAUAAAACAAAAUGUGCAAAAGUGGAACUCUAGACAGAAAAAGGAAGACAAUACAUUUGAUGUAAUUAAACCAGUAGGAAAAUUUACAGCUAAAAAAGCCAAAGAGACAGAGAGUGAAAAACUUUCUAGACAAAAAAACCAAAAAGAAUAUAUGAGGGCAUACAGAAGGAAAAUAAAGGAUUAUGAGACAGGGGAGGAAAAGCAAGCACAAUUGAUAAAACAAACUGUGCAAUUUAAGUGGAACUCUAGACAGAAAAAGGAAGACAAUACAUUUGAUGUAAUUAAACCAGUAGGAAAAUUUACAGCAUGGCAAAAAGUAGAUAAACCACUGCAUAAUGUUGACAAAGAAGCAUAUUUAUCUCAAUUUGACAGUAUAAACACUGGACCAAUUCAUGUACAGAAGUGGGCUAUCAAAAACAUGGAAGACUUUCAUAAUUCACUUAAAUUCAAAAUUUAUAUGUGUGAAGUUUGCCAUGAGGCAUGGCCAUUAUCAUCAAAAGGCAAAAAGAGAUCUCCUUAUAUGUGUUCAAGAUGUUCACGUGACAAGAAUGGAGUGAAAAAAUUAGUUAGCCAAUUCAUUGCCAAGAAACCUAAGUGA